UUAUGUUUCCGCUCACGAUGCUUCCGAACGUCACAUGGACUAGGCAUGACACCACAAAGACUACUGUCCUCCAAUAGCCAUUUCGUGCAUAGGCUCUCAGCCAAUGUUGACGAUACUAUUAUUUCUGAUCCAACUACAUCUGCGAUCAUUACUCAAAGUCAAGAGUGUCGGCUGCGUAAACAAGUUCCCUUGUCCACCUCUCAGGAAUCCGGAGUACUGCCAGAAGGCCGUCCUCGCUGGUUAAUGGAGCCAGAUUCCUCCGAGGCUAAGGUCCCGAAUCAAGGGGUUGAUAUGGCACGUGAUAGUGCCUACUUCGAGCAGAGUACAAUGGAAUCGAAAAGCUCUAAUGAAAUACACACGACCAAUUUGGUUGAUGAUGAUGUAGCAAUGCUGUUAGCUAAUCCACAUGAGUCGCUACAUAACGAUUUUCGGCCUCCUGUUCUGGCUAGUGCACCUUCGGCAACCGGCUCAUCAUCAUUAGUUUCUGCACUCAAGGUUCAACCAUCACCAUCUUUGAGGCAGGUGCCGGGCCAACCAAAUGAACAAUCCAAUUUCGAGCCGGAACCGAUUGGUCUUAAUGUUGGCGUUGCGGUAAAAAAAAUGCGCAAAGCUUUUCACUCCUCUGUUGCAGAAUAG